UUUUGAAACAUAAAUAAAAGCCUAUUGCAUGGAGAUGAUGGCCUACCACACUCCGCAUGCCAGACUAACAUAUGGCACAUCCUGGAGUGAUGUCGUUCAUCUCAUUUCCAACCUUCGAAGUAUGUGUUCAAAUAAUGUUCUUCUUUGUUUUUCUUAGAAUUUGUCCAUGCACCAAAUUUAAUGUUAUCCCAUGACACAUGGUUGCAAGGCCUAGGGUGGGGUUGUUAAAGCAACCCCACAGCAACGUGCGGUAACGCUCUUCCAAUGAAUCCACGGCUCUACCUACCUGAUGCAUGUAUUGAUGAUAUAAUUAACGACAGCAGCGCGGACACAAUCAUGGCCUGAUAGUCGUUUAAUGAUACAGUGCUCAAUUCCUCUAUGAAUUGAUAAACAAAAUGUGAAACUUAAAAAUCUAAAUUGACCCGUGGAUUAAAUCCUAGGUUUUUAAAAGGUCUGUGAUUAGAAUAAGUGCUGCAUCCAAAUGGUUGCGAAAAACCAUUUUACUUCAACUCACAAUCUCUUUUAAACAAUAUAAUAUGCCCUGCGAAAAUAACGCGCGGGUUCACACACAGAAACACACACACACUCACGCACGCGCGCGCGCGCACACACACACACACACACACACACACACACACACACACACACACACACACACACACACACACACACACACACACACACACAGAGAGACAGACAGACAGACAGACAGACAGACAGACAGACAGACAGACAGACAGACAGACAGAAAGACAGACAGACAGACAGACAGACAGACAGACACAAAUUGGCAAUUAAUGCAGCAAACAGCGUCAAUAGCAGUUCUAGAAAAGCUUAACAAAACGAUUGGAAGAUGGAAAAAAGGGGGGGGGGGCUGGGCGGAGGCGUACGAAGAUAAGUUGUAACUGACGUCAUCAAUUUGAUCAGAGAGCAUCGCACGGUGCUCCGUGCUCAGUGCUCAGUGCUCGACAUCAGGAGCACGAAGGAAGUAGAGAUCCUCCUAAUUGAUCAUCGACAGGCUGAGGAGAAACGCUCAUUGGCGCGACACCUCGGGCGAUGCGUGCAAGUGCCUUGCAGCCUGCAUGCAUUCGAAGCAACACUGAGAUCAAAAGGCGUUUAGGCGCUGUUCCAUCUUUGGGGGACUUUAGUGGAUCUUCAGAAACAUCUACAACGGAGACCCUCGCCAACAUGGACAAGGUGCCUGAUCUGCACUCCAUGAUGGGCUCACAUCUGGAGGAUGACAGCUCGUUCAUAUCCAACAUACCUGUCGCCAUGGAUAUAACCGUUGCCGUGGUCUACUCUGUGUUCGGGGUCUGCUCUCUCUUUGGCAACAGCAUGUUGUUGUACGUCUCCUACAAGAAGAAGCACCUGCUGAAGCCUCCUGAGUACUUCAUUGUGAACCUGGCUGUCAGCGACCUGGGCCUGACCCUCUCUCUGUACCCCAUGGCCAUCUCGUCCAGCCUAUAUCACAGGUGGCUGUACGGGAAGACCGUGUGCUACCUGUACGCCUUCUGCGGCAUGUUGUUCGGGAUCUGCAGUCUGACCACGCUCACCUUGCUGAGCAUGGUGUGCUUUGUGAAAGUGUGCCAUCCUCUCUAUGGGAACCGGUUCAACUCCUGGCACGGCCGCGGGCUCAUGGGCUGCGCCUGGGCGUACGCCCUGCUGUUCGCCUCGGCCCCGCUGGCGCGCUGGGGCGAGUACGGCCCCGAGCCCUACGGCACGGCCUGCUGCAUCGACUGGCGCCGCUCCAACCAGCACACGCAGGCGCGCUCCUACACCGUGGCGCUCUUCCUCUUCUGCUACAUCCUGCCGUGCUGCGCCAUCGUGACGUCCUACUGGGCCAUCAUGGCCCGGCUGCGGGCCUCCCAGCGGACCAUGGAGCGGCACUCGGCCCGGCCCAGUCCCCACAUGAGCAGCCUGCAGGCGGUGAUAGUCAAGCUGAGUGUGGCCAUCUGCAUGGGGUUCUUCGCAGCCUGGAGCCCAUACGCCAUCGUGUCCAUGUGGGCCGCCUUCGGACACGUGGACGCCAUCCCGCCCCUGGCCUUCGCCUUGCCCGCCAUGCUGGCCAAGUCCUCCACCAUCUACAACCCGGCCAUCUACCUGAUGCUGAGGCCCAACUUCCGCCGGGUCCUAUGCCGGGACCUGGGCUUCCUGUGGCGUUCCUGCCUGAGCCGUGCGUUCCAGCCCACGCUGCCGCCGCCCCGCCCCGCCCCUCAAGCGUUGGCGGCCGGCCCACGCUCCGUCCAACAGACACACCAGUUUUCCACCGACACGGAGGGCAGCUCGUCCCCAUCCUCGCGGAAAACACUCGGUACCAGGUCCCGCAGCGAUAAACGCGGCGACGCCUUCGAGUGCUUCCGGCACUACGGGCACCGGUGUCGGGUCUGUCACCCCGGCCCCCAGGGUCACGAGUCCUGUGAAUGCCCGUCCGUGUCGGAUUCUAAGAGGAAUAACGAGCGGGGGACGCUGCGUUUUUUUCAGGUGAACUGUGUGCCGACCACUGUGGCGGAGAAAAGGACUUCAGACAUUGAGAACCUCCACAUCAACCUGGAGAUGAUGCCGGGGCACGCGAUAGAAGCUUGGCCUUAAACCGUUUUUAUGUUCUCCUUUUUAUAGGUUAUUGUUUACAGCGAAUAAGUAUUGACGUUGAUAUUCACAAUGCUGUGCAUUUCAAUAUAUGCAGUUUUCAGGAAUCCUAUUCAGGAAUGUCGUUCAAUACGAUUCUGUACUAUAUUCUGGCAGGAGAUUAUCCUGUCAUGUUUAUUAAUUUUUUCUAACUGAUAUAGGGACUGACCGUUCAAAGUGCUCAACUGAAACUAUGUCAAAUUAAUGGAGUCAUGUACAAUUUCAUCCAAUUAUAGAUACCACUUUUUUCUAACGAAGCUUCAACAGCUUCAAAGAAAUGUGCCAAUUCAAUUCAAGCCAAUUCUAAUAAAUUGAGUAAAAAUAAUGCAAUGAAAAUGUUUUGGCCUCCAGAUGUUCUCUGGAAAUACAUUGUGAUAGCUUAUAAACCCUUAGUACUUCCCUAGUAAACUAGAGUUGUGGCUGUGGUUAUGCUUUUAUUUCCCUGUCUCUGUCGUCACACUCUGCAGUCAGGUAGCCACAUCCUGUUCUCAAAGGGAAGAUACAUGCCUCAAAUACAACCAAACUUAUUUUUUUUACUAAAGGUGUUACACUUUGAUGUACUUGAAAAGUUAUUGUUUACACUUAGCAACUACGUUAUACACAGAUGGAACGUACAUAAUGUUUCUUAUGUUAUGUGGAUAUGUUGGAUAUUUUUGUGUGGUGCUCAGUCUGUAUUUUUUUUUUUUUUUGCAGCUCAAUAUGAGAAUGAGCAAAGUGAUUCUGCAGCUGUGAAGUACCACCAGCAAAUCGAAAUGAUGAACCAUAAACUGUUCGUCCAUACACAUUAUCCAUAUGUGAGAGGUGGCAGCACGGCUGACAUGCCUGAAGUAGGCCUACAUACUCUUUGUUUUCCUUACCCAACACCCAUGGUGGUCCUAAGACUCACCUAUGCGUGACUACCAUGCAUUCAUUGACAAACUGUCUUUGUUUCUGGCCAUGUUCCACAAGGCUUAGAAUUAGUCGAUAAUUUAACCCUCACUGUCCAACCAAACUGCAGGAAGCUGCUGCAUGUUUUAAUGAAAUUAUUAAAUCAGAAAUGGGAAAUAGUAGGCUACUAUUAUCAGACAUGAAUGCUAAUCCCGAUACUGUGGUCUUAUAAUUCUUAUUAAGAAGGACCAAUCAGAACAAAAAAAAUGACUAAUAAGUAAAAAAUAUAAAUAUUAAAUCGAAUACUUAGUUAAUAAAAUGAGUUAUUUUGAAAUCACAAAAUAGUCAUUCCAACAUAGUUAUUGUUCUUGCCUAAAUUAAACAUAUUACACAAAACUUUUUAUUUUAUUUGAAAUUUAUAUUUGGAAAAUGAAUCAGCAUUAGUGAUAUGCAACUUCGUUGUCCUUACUCCCACAUACAUACUCACACAAACACAUUACAGUGAGCUGACCAUUGAAAGUACUGGUCAAACUUAUCAUUUAAAAAUACCUUUACAAGAUAACAAAUAGUCUUGCCUUUAUACUAUAGGGUGAUAGCACAGAAGCCAUUAGCAACCAGCUUGCUAAUUGCAUACAUUUGCACAGGAAGCAUAUUUAUUGUUCUACAUCUUAUUGUAGUGGAACAGUUGAAAGAAAUGUAUACAUAUAAUAGUAUAUAAGAAAAUUGCACAUUUCAACAUAAUUCACAUUCAUAAGAAUACCCGGUACAUUUUCAAAUGUUAUUAUUAAUGGAGACACAACUACUUGAUUCACUAUGCCUUCCACACUAAAUAAAAUCAUUAUUAUGUUUCAUGUUAUGGUUCAGGUUUUUGGCUCAAAUACAUCCAUCUCGCCCGGGUAAAUGCCAGAUAUACAGUUGAACCCCCCAAAAACAGUAAACAUCUAACAAUUGGAGAAUUUUAGAUUUUCUCUCAUCAGGAUAUUGGAAGUACGUUUCUACUUGUUGAGUGAAUUUGCCUCAGCCCG